AUGGGCCUCGAGGUGCAGGUCUACCUCCACCCGCGCUAUCUGAGGGAGCGUGGAUGGCUCAGCGAGGCGAUCAACCCUACGCGCAGCAUUGUGGCUGGGUCGUCGCACGGGGUCCCGUUCUCCAAGCUGGCCCUCUACCCGAUCCCGGAGAGGGUCCACCAGGAGGCCCCACCCGCGUCCUUCUGGACGCUCAUUGACGACAUUGUUGGGCGAUGUGAAGGCACGGCUCAGGCUGUGCUACUUGUUAUGGAUAAGAUUGGUACGACCCUGGCCCGUGGAUUGGAGGAGCAGCGGCUGGCGGUCUCCUGCAAGUCACUCCUCCUGGGCUCGUCGACCAAGUUGGCGAAGAUGUCGGCGAAACGCUUGCGAGCGAGAGGCGAUCCCGUCAAGCCAGCCUCCCAGGGCGUCGACCUCGGCCUCGACGUGGCUGCUGGCAGGCGCACGGUCUGCGCGAAGUCGUUCUCGCGCCGUCUCAAGUCGCAGCGUCGUGCAGGACGCAUCAAGCGGCUCAGGCGCACCGCGGCCCUGGGUCGUGAGGCCCGCUGCCUCUGGGCCACUGGAGCGUUCCCGCAGGCCGUCUACGGGCACCAGGUCCACGGCGCACCGCCGUCGGCCCUGCUGGCGCUGCGACGCCAGGCUGCUGCUGCAGUGGCGGGUGGCCAAGGUGUGCGCUGCCUGACCAGCACGUUGGCGGCCUCCUUCUGUCUGACGGACGUUGCGGUGGAGCUCCGUCGGCAGCAGGCGAGCAAGCAUGACGCUGGUGAUGGCCUCGACGGUGGCGGCGGCUUCUUCCAUAUCAUGAGGGGGCUCAAGCGCUACCAGGCCCGCAGCCAGCGCGACGAGCACGUGUUGAACCUCACUGUGGUGGCGG